AUGCAGUUCGGGUUUAGCCAAGAUCUUCCCGGUUUGGUUAGUGGUCAUCAUGGUAGCUUCACAGAGAAGGAAGCAUGGGAGGAUUACAAUAAGUCUCUUGAUGGUGUAAAGAUAUAUGUGCCUUCUCGUCUCGCUACAACUUCUGUUACUGCGAGAUACAGAGAGUGGUGGUUGAAAUCAGUUUCAAAGUUUUUAGGGUCUGAAGAAUCGAAUGAAACUUUUAAUGCAAGUAAUACAGUUGCUGAUGAUGAUGAUGAUGAAGGGUUUGCUGCCAAACGCAGAAGAUGUAGGACACGCAGAGUAAAGAAAUGCAAAUUAUGUGAUUGUGGUGAAUUGGCUUCAACAGAAGUGCCACUUAGUGAGUUGUUUCAGAAAGAGUUAGGGAAGAGGACAAGAGAGCAUAAGAGACGGAAGAGAGGUCGUGAGGAUGAUGAUGAUGAGGAUACUAGUAUUAGCAUUGCUCAUUUGAUCAAAUGCAGUAAGAAAACUGGAGGAGAUGAAGCUGAAUCAGCUGGAAAAGGAAGUAGAUUUGAGGAUGAUGAUGAAAAUGAUUCAGGGAUUUGCCAAAAGCUUGCUUCUGGAGAUGACGAAACUGUAGCACCAGAGGAGAUCAUAAAGAGUGAAGAGAAUGAUGAAGAAGAAACAGAGAAGAUUACAGUUCUGAUCCCUGAAAAGAACUUUGAAGAUCUUCUUGUUGAUUCUAAUGGAGGAAUAAAUGACAUUGUUGUGUCACCAAUAGAGGCAAGACAAACAUGUGAUAUAAACGGAGACAGUGCAGAGGAGAAGAAGAAGACUAUGGUCGAUGAAGGAACCAAGGAAGCAGAGUGUUUGGUGGCUCAUGAAGAUGGAGAAAAGCAGAGAGGCAAUGAGAUUGUAGAUGAUGAUUGUGAUGAAAGAUUGAAGCAGAGAAAGAUUGCGAUAAAUGAGAUAGCAUCGAAUCUAGAGGCACGCAUCAUGAAGGUGGAGAAGACUUUGGCAACGAUUAGGAAGUGGAAAACCAGAGGAAACCAAAUCCAAACUGGAGUUUCUGCUUAA